CGUCAGACUGCACUGCAUACGCGCCGUGGCGGAGAGCGAAGAUGGCGGAGAAUAAUGUCGAACCAGAGCACGAAUGGAGCGACCGGGCCCUGGACACGGCCGAGGACACUCUGGUGGCAAUGGAAACCCUGCUGGCCACACUGAGAGCCUUUGAAGACGUGCUCAGGCAACAAGAGAUAUCCAUAUCAUCCUCCACGGAGUACUGCGACAACUUCUGUCAGGCACUGAUGCACUAUGCUGGGAGCAGGAACUCCAUGGAGCAUGGUCUGCCCCUUUUGGAGGUCUACUGUCUGUCCAUAAGCUGUUUUGCUGCGGCCCGAUCCCACCUCACUGCAGACUCCGACAGAGUGGCCCUUGUUUUGAAGAGACUAGCUUUGAGCUGUUUUGAACUGUUGCUGUCAGUGCCUGAGAAUGAAAUCCCGUAUGAAGCCUGGGUUCAAUUCCACCACUCAGUUCAGAUUGCCCAUGAUACCUUGUUACAGUAUGGCAGCACAGACCUUCAAGCAUUACUCCAGAUCACAGGAGAGGGAGGCGCAUGGAGCAACCCCGUCCUUACUUCUCUCCUCACCGGCCAGCCCACCAACACAGAAGAAGUUGACGCAUACAUCAGCUUGGAGGGCGAGGGCUUCAUGGAAAUGCGGGUGAAGCACCUGGAGAAGAUGGGCGAAGUGGCAAAGGCGGUGGUGCUGGCCAAAGCUUGCACUGAAUGCAGCUUCAUCUCCAACCAAGCUACCUUUCGUCAGACUUAUGUCUCCCUGCUUUGUCAUCUGCUUCCCAAUGAAGAAGCCAUCAUGGAGAUAUCCAGACUUGACUGUAAGGAUGUACUGGAGAUCACAUGCAACUUAGAGACAGAGGGAGAGGAGAACACAGCCUUCAUCUUGUGUACAACUUUCCUGACACAGCAGCUUCAGCAGCAGAGCCUUUACUGCUCCUGGGAGUUGACUCUGUUGUGGAGUAAGCUCCAGAGGAGGAUCGACCCCUCGUUGAUGUCUCUUCUGGAACGAUGCCUUCAGCUAGGAGCCAUUGCCAAAACCGUCUACCAUUUGCUUUACCUGGUCCGUGUUAUUCAGACAGAGGCGGAGGAAAUUGGCAUACCUGCUUCAGUAGAACUGUGUGUCAAAGCCCUUCAGCUUCCAAAGCAGGAUGACUCUGAAACAAGGAUCUCUGUCUGUAAGACAGUGUCUUGCCUUCUUCCAGACGACCUUGAAGUAUUGCGUGCCUGCCUACUCACAGAGUUCCUGCUUGGCCCCUGCCAGGAGGUCUUUGGGUGCCUUGAGGAGCUUUACUUACGUCCAGACCAAAAAUAUGACCAGGAAAACGAGGUUAUUCCCAACUCGCUACGCUGCGAAUUGCUACUAGCACUGAAAGCAUACUGGCCUUUUGACCCCGAAUUCUGGGACUGGAAAACUCUCAAGUAUCACUGCAUCUCCCUUCUAGGGUUGAUGCCGGAGUCAGAAGGGGAAGAGGAGGAGGCAGUCGACAAACAAGAGAAGGGUAAACAACCUGAGCCACAAGGAAUCACAGUGAAAGUAGAAUCUGAACAUCAGAAGAGGAUAAAUGGAAACCUUGAUGGUCAUGAGCAGCAGAAUAAAACGCAGUCUUCUAACUUACAAGAAAGCCAAGGAGAUUCCGAGACAAAGAAACACAAGUUCUGCUGUCAGAUUUGUAAGAGGUUGGUCACCGACACCCAAAUCGUUCACCACUCAAAAAGACAUGCAGAGGACAACCGCAACCCCUGCCCGGUGUGCUUGGAAAAGUUUAAGAGCAGAAAGGAACUUGUUCCUCACAUGAAACAACACAUUCAGAAUGAAACAAAUCUUAAUAAAAACAUAAAGAAAGAAGACACACAGAAACAGGUGGACGAGGAAGACGAUAUUGAACCAGGGGAGAUCACCAUUGACCCUUCCUUAAUGCUGUAUUACAAUUCCACACACGAUCCAGACGUGCUGCACCACAUUGUACAACAAGCCAAAACUGUGAAAGACAAGCACGUAGACGAUGACGAGCAUGUAACAUUCGAAUACAUUGACCAACACUUCAAGCUGCAGAACCGAGAUGAGUAUCAGUGUCCAGGAACCGGGUGUACUCGGAUUUUUAAACAUUCCAAGUACUUGUAUGUCCAUUUAAAGUCGGAGCACAGAGGGGAUGAGAAUGUGAAACAUUUUCAUCAGAUGAGAGACAAGCGGGAGAAGUGUGUUUUUUGUAGACGCCAUUUUGUCUCCGCUUACCAUCACCGCAAACAUAGAAGAAUUCACUAUGGUGAUCGGCCUUAUGCGUGUGUGGUUAUAGGCUGUGGCGCUAAGUUUAGUACUUCCAACGAACUUGUCACACACAAACAGACCCAUGGCUAUCAGCUCAACUACCAGUGUGAGCUCAAAGGCUGUUAUGUCACCUACUCAGACUUGGGACAAAUCUAUCACCACGAAGCACAGCAUUUCAGAGAUGCAGCAUUUACCUGCUCUAGCGCUGAAUGUAGAAAAUACUAUUUAUCCAAAAAGGAAUUCAUAAAGCAUUUAUCCACACACAAAAUCACUUUCUCUGAAGAUGACUUUGAGGCUCAGAGGAAGGCAAAGCGGAAACUUCUGAAGACUGUUACUGAAACAACAGCCCAUCCGACAGUGCAGACAGAGGAGAUUGUAAAUGAAGAUGUGCUGAACUCUUCCUCAGUAAGUUGUGCCUCCUCUUUGCAAGCAUCCGAGAGCAAGGAGCCCAAAGCAACAAUGACCCUGGUGGCUGUGUGUUUUGAUGGAAGUAAGUUCACCUGUGGUUUUGAGAAGUGUGGCAUGACUUUCUCCAGAGCCAGAGAUGUCCAGAGACAUCUGAAAUGUGCCCACCCAGAACACCUUAAACUGGAGAACAAAGAACACAAGCAUGACAAAGAACGCGGCUCAAAGUCCAGAGGGAUAAAGACUGAGCCAGACAAUGAGGAAAAGGGAAAAAAUGAGCUCUCAACUCCUCCACAACAACAACAACAACAACAACAGCAACAACAGCAACAGCAACAACCCGUUGAGUCUGGCAAAGAAAGAAAAGCAUCCACUCAGCCCAAAAACAAUGAAACAAACUCUUCAAGACUGCAAACAAAAAACGAUGCUCUGAAGGAAAUUCUUAUUGGGCUCAGUAAACUGGACCUGAAUUCUUCCUCGCCUCACAGUGUGCCAAGUGAACCCCCACAGUCCGACGCAGAGUCCAAUGCAUCACAGGUAUCUCUUCAUCAGGCUAUCAUGGCCACGCCUCCUGUUGUAUUGCUUCAGAAGAGACCCCCAAAUCUGCCUGAGGAGAGGGUUAAAGUCAAAACGGAAGAAGCAUCAGCGACUGACGACGAAGGCGGAGUUGAAUCAUUAGCCACUGCUAAGCCAUACAUUUGUGAGAUGGAAGGUUGUGACUUUAGGACUGCUCAGAGUUACAGCUUACUGCGACACUAUAACACCAGACAUGGUCGUACUGUUGAACAAGCCAAAAGGCUGACUUCUUUGAAAACUACAUCUUUUAAGCCUUACGUGUGCCAUCUUUGUUCCAAGAGUCACAGAGAAAAACACGUGUUGAGGGCUCACUAUCUUCACGCACAUAACCUGAGUGAGACUCUGGUGGGCAAAGUAAGCUGUGCAUCUAGACGGUAUGAGGGAAGCAAAGACACUAUAAUGCAUACGUCUCAGCACUUGGCGAACCAGGGACUGAACGUGAGGAAGAAAGAAAUCCCUAUGUUGCAACACCAAGAUAAGAAAAAAAACUCCACCAUGAGUCCCGAAAAUGCACAAAACUUUGACAAUCAGUCUGCAUCUGAAGAGGAAGUAGAGGAUGAACCAGAGAGUAGAGAGGAAGACGGUGAGCAGAAGGUAGAAAGUGAGGAUAGGACCACACAACAGGUCAGAACGACAAGACGUUUGGUAGCCAAAGGUAAUCUCUGCUAUAUAUUGGAUAAAUUCAGUAAACCCUUUCAUUGUGUUGCAAAAAACUGUGUUGCAGCCUUUUCCACCCAGGGAGGCCUUGUGCGUCACCUACAGUUGGUACAUCAUUACAAUCGCUCUCAGCUCUUGUUGGAGAAAGAGUUUGAUGCCCAUCACACUCCAGAAGUCAGAAAAGAGCCUGCCAAGAAAAGGCCUCUCCCAAACUCAGAUGAACCUCAGCCCCAAUACAAAUGCCACUUUGCCAACUGUAAUGCUUCCUACCACCUUAAAAGCAGCCUAGUGCGUCACACUCGUGAUUACCACUCACAACCACCAGAGCUAAUAAGGUGCAAAUAUGAAGGCUGUACAAGGGUGUUUAGCCAUGAUGAUGCACUUAAAAAACAUACGCUAUAUAGUCACUUUGAGUACUACGAUUCACUGGUGGUACGUCUACAGAGCACUCACAAAAAGUCAAUUACUGGAUGCCAAAAGAAGCUUAUUGUUGCACCACCGAGUCCUGAGAAGGAAGAACCUGGUUCAACCACCACACAGGCCGAGAGAUCGAGUCCAGGGCCUGAAGUGACCGCCCAGUCAGAGGAAAUGGAUAAGGAGGGUGUUGUGGAGAAGAAACCGUCAGGAAAAAAAUCAAAAAAAAAUUCUUACAGCUGCUUUGUCUUCAGGUCUCAUGAAGAAGCACUACAGAUGUGCCAAGACCGCUGUUUGCGGGUGGCCUAUCCAUGCAUGGUUCAGGACUGUGAUUCUGUCGUCACAUAUACGGGAAGUUUGCAGCGCCACUACCUUCAGGUUCAUCGCAUGCGUCGAGAAGAUCUCGUUAAGAACGAAGAUAAGCUUGUUUAUACUGCUGAGCAGCUUGAAGAACUGAUUCAGAGGAAGUCGGCCAGGCCAACAGUUACAGGAGCGUGUGCCCCUAAUGGGGUUCGCAUAAUGGAGUAUCAGGCAGAGGCAGAAAACACAGGGGGGCAGCCUGCCCCCAUGAGCUUACACUCAAUCAAGGCAGACACACAGGAUAAGGAUAAUCAUGAUUCACUAGGAUUCCCAGAGGAAGAAGAGGAGGAGCCACCACCUGUUGAGAGAAAUGGCGUCCUUGUUGGUGCAGACGAGGUGCUUUACGGUGAACCAAGCCCCGGUGGGCACACUGAAGACUCUGCUGCAGCAACACAGAACAGUCAGAAACAGGAGGAGAGAUUAAGCUUGGAUAAAAUCAAACCGCUUCUUCGUCCAGUCACUGUUGACCUCUCGCCACCAUGCUCACUUCGCUUUACUAGUGAGGAGGGCUUCCAAGACAUGUCGAGCACCAAGGAUGGUGGUAAAAUGUUGAACGGGUCAGCUGCAUUGCCUAUUCCUCCUGUUCGCCAGCCACUAAAACGGAAAAAUGAACUGUCCGAACAGCCGCAAAACUUGAAAGACACUCAGCCUUGUACCCCUUCUCCGCGCGCGUUUGACAUCACCGCCUACAAGCCCAUUGGCUUUGAGUCCUCAUUCCUGAGGUUCAUACAAGAGACAACCCCAAAUGACAAAAACACGGUGCCGGUGAAACGGCGAGACUCUUUCAGACGCAGUUGUUCCGUGAAGGAGAACAACCAGCUGGGCAUCUCUCAUACCCGCAGCAGACGUACUCAUUCCCCACUGCUGAAGCCCCACGCUAUGACUGGAGACUUCACAUCAGUCCAAAACUUGAAGUCCAUCUUGGACAAAGCCCUGGCUGGGUGUGGGGACCUGGCCAUUAAGCAGCUUCAGUACCUCAGACCUGUGGUGGUCCUGGGGAGACCUGUGUGCGCCACCACCCCGCCUGACCUCUUCCCAUCAGACACCAACAACAGCAAACUGCUUCUUGGAAGUUAGUUUAACUGAGCACCUUUUUAACAUAGCUAUGACAGAUGACUUUGUAUUUUCACAAGAUGUGUACCAGUAUUUUUUCUUUCUCCCCAAGUGAUCAUAUUAUGUUUGUUUUUUUGGGGUUUGUUUUGUAAGUUGCCAAACUAAGGAGUUAAAGAAAUUAGCAUUAAGAUAAAAAAAAAAACAAGCUUAAACAGUGCACAUGAGCUACAACAGUGGGCUGUUUUUUUUUUUUUUUAGACAUCUGUUAUGAAAUCAUUCAUAUAACACCUGUUAUGUUAAGUCAUGAAGUGUAUAUACUGUAGUUCUCAAAGAUAAAUGUACAGAUUUUCAGAUUGUUAGAAAUGGUCAGUAGCGUAUGACAAGGCCUUUUCAUUUGUGUGAAAAUGUGACUGAAAAACAUUUCCUUACUAAGAAGUUCUUGAGGAAUAUGUUUGGUUAUUUUUCACCUCACUUUAUAUUAAAACAGUGUUGGGAUGCAGUGGACAGAUGAUGGCAGACUUGUAUGUAACACUUUCUAAUAAAAUAAAUGUGGAAACGAAUAUAAAGCCCUUUUACUUUCACAGCUGUGUAAGUGACUUAUUUAUCUAUACCAUGUUUGCUAAGUCACAGUGAAGUAGGAGCUGUUUGCUAAAUUAAAAAUACACCUAACUCAAUAUCUUAGAAUCAUCUGUGUCAGGAAUCUUAAAGUGCUGGCCUGGGGGCCAUUUCCAGCCCUCCACCCCCCUCUGUCCAGCCUUAAAGUUUAUUACAUGUAUAUAUUUUAUUGUUGUUGUUUCAUAUUAAGUUAAACUACCCCUUCAUGUACAAUUAAAAUAAAAUUAAAAAACAAUUCUAUUUUUAAAAAUCAUGUCAAAGAUGCAAAUAUGUGCAAAUGGUUGAUAAGAAGAGAGCUGGUUUGUUUGGGGGCUUUAUUUGUGGUUUGGCUGAGAUGAUAUUAAAAUGUAUAGACACUG